GGCUGGGGCCGACAGAGCCACGGCACCUCCUUCCUCCCGCCACGGUUGUUCCUGAGCUGUGAUCUCUUGCAGAUUCAAGAGACAGAGAGAGAAAGCUCGGCUCUUCCCUCCAUCCGUCCUUUCCUCCGGCCACCGGUAACCUAAUCCGAUAACUUCCUACGCGAGAAGCUCCUCCUCGAAUUAGUUCUCUAAUCAGGGAGAAUCAUCGGAGUCGAGACUGGGAGGCGAACGAGCUUUUGAGCUUUGGGGUAGAGGAAAUGAUGAAUGAAUCAAACAGACAGAGCAGUUAUGUAUGAAAAUCUAGUUCGAGGUUGACAAUCUGUCUCGUCGGUACAGUCUCCUGGUGUUGGUGUCGGUGGCUUUUCCUUCUGUAAAUUCUUCAACGCUCCAUUUCUGUUUGGGAUUUCCUGUUCUCCCUUUCCGUUGCGUGGAAGUAGUUCUGCGCGGAAACUGUGGGAGAAACGUGGGUUAUUCUGUUCCCCGAUGAGAUAAAACGGUGUUGUGAGGGACCUCCUAGUCCUGGCCUUAUCCGUACUCUUUCUGGUGCUAUUGUGGCGGAUGGCCGUGGUCUUCGUUCAAGAUUAUUGAUUAAGCUAGGAUUUUUCGUUGGUUGGUGCAGUGAAUAUUCCCAUAAUCGUGGAUUUGCAUCAGCCCUGAAGUGUUUCGAAGCUCGAGUUGCUUUCUGUAUUAGGGGGAGGUUGGGGUGAGAUUUGUUUGUUCUCCUCCUUGUUCUUGAUAGCAUGAGUUCGAGUGUGAGUGAUGGUUCGAACCACGGGGGCAAGCUUCUUGUCCACAUUUCUGAAAAUGGGCACUCAUUUGAGGUUGAAUGUGAUGAGACCACACCGACUGAUGCCAUUAUGCGGUUUGUCCAGUCAAUGUCUGGGAUUGACUUCAAUGACCAGCUGGUCCUUUGCUCGGAAAUGAAGCUUGAGCCACAGCGGCCGCUUUCAGCCUAUAAGCUUCCGUCUGAUGACCGGGAAGUGUUCAUUUUCAAUAAAGCAAGGCUGCAAAGCAAUUCUCCUCCGCCUCCGUUUGAGAGAGUCGAGACUCUUGAAGUCGCGGACCCACCAUCACCAUCCUCAUCACAUAAGCCCCACCCAUUAGAUGAUGCCCUGGACCCCGCUCUAAAGGCUUUGCCUUCGUACGAGCGGCAAUUCCGUCACCAUUAUCACUGUGGGAAUUCAAUUUACAGUAGAAGUCAGUUAAGAUACGAGACUUGCCAGAGGCUUUACAGGGAGCAGAAGGUGCAAGAGAGGGCCUUGGAGGUUGCAAGAGCCAACCUUGAACAGUACUACAGGAUUAUUAACCAAAAUUUCACGGAAUUCAUGAAGCGCUAUUUGCAGCAGCACAGGGUUCAUUUCGAUCUUCUAUCUAACUUCCGGCGGGAUAUGGAUAGGCUGCAAUCAGUCAAGCUUCAUCCUGCCUUACAGAUGCCCACUUGCAAGUGUUUGCUGGAUCUUGUGAAGGAAGAGAACCUCCAGAAGGCAGCGGAGAACUGUGAAAAUUCCCACAGGCAGUUUGAAAAUAAGGUUUCUCAGUUUAAGCAGAUGUUUGUUGAAGUCAAGCGCAGGGUUGAGGAUGUACUUGCCAGCAAAACCUGCUUGCCUAUUAACUUGGAACUAUCAAUCCGACAGCAUCAUCAAUAUAUCAAUGAACAGAGGAGCAUCAUGCAGUCUCUCAGCAAAGAUGUCGACACAGUGAAGAAACUGGUAGAUGAUUGUCUUUCAGGCCAUUUGUCCUCUUCACUUCGACCUCAUGAUGCUGUUUCAGCUUUGGGUCCCAUGUAUGAUGUCCAUGAUAAAAAUCAUCUGCCUACAAUGAAGGCCUGUGACCGUGCUUUGUAUAAGCUGCUUAAUUUUUGCAAGGACAAGAAGAAUGAAAUGAACAUCUUCGUGCACAAUUACGUGCAGAGGAUUACAUAUGUAUCUAGCUUGAUCAAAGAUGCCAGGUUGCAGUUUCCAGUUUUCAGAGAGGCAAUGGUGCGUCAAGAUGAUCUCUUCAUGGAAUUGAAGUUGGUCCGUGGGAUUGGACCUGCUUAUAGAGCCUGUCUUGCUGAAAUAGUUCGCAGAAAGGCGUCCAUGAAACUUUACAUGGGGCUAGCUGGUCAGCUGGCUGAAAGGCUUGCAAUAAAGAGGGAAGCUGAGGUCAGUAGACGGGAGGAGUUCUUGAAGGAGCAGAGCUCAUUCAUACCUGCAGAUAUAUUAGCAUCCAUGGGAUUGUUUGAUACACCUAACCAGUGUGAUGUCAACAUUGCUCCUUUUGAUACUAAUUUACUUGAUAUUGACAUUCAAGACCUUGAUCUAUAUGCGCCUGACUAUUUUACUGGAAUUCCCUCUAAGUUGGAGAAGCAGGGGAGCUUAAAGGGUUCACUUAUCGUCUCAAGUGACUCCCCUCGUUCGGCAGAAUCUGCAGAGCUUGCUGGGGGAUCCUUAGACCUUCAGAACUUCGAUGAGCUCCUUGAAGGCUCUGAACUGGUAGAGGUUGCUGGGACUUGCAAAAUGGAGGUUGAGAAUGCAAAACUAAAAGCUGAAUAUGCUUCAGCAGUAGCUCUUAUAUGUUCAAUCUCUCCUCUUGUUGAUUAUGAGUCCCUGGAUGAUAGUAAAGUGGAGUCUGCAUUAAAGAAUGCUGCAGAGAAGACAUCUGAAGCCUUGCAUUUGAAAGAUGAAUAUGCCAAACAUCUCAACAAUAUGCUAAAGAUGAAGCAGAUGCAGUGUCUCUCCUACGAGAAGCGCAUUCAUGAAUUGGAGCAGAAACUGUCUCAGGUAUAUUUGCAAGAUCCGAAGCCUUCAAGCAGUGAGGAUGCAGCUGAACCUCCUGUAACAGCAAUUGAUUGCAACAGGUCAGGUGGCAGUGAAAUUCACAUGCCUUGUAUAUAUACUAGUGAGUCCAUGGAUGAGGUCUCUUGCGUUUCAGAUUCAGUGGAUAGGAAGUCGUGUAAUUAUAAUAGACAGCUAGAUGAACCUGAAGGAGGGCUUGGCAAUAUGAUGGACUCCCCUACUUUGGAUUUUCCACUUAAUUCAUUGUUGCUGGAGCGGCCUCACAAUGAGCUGUGUGCGGAUGAUGACGGGGAGAAAGAUAACAAGAUUAUGGGACAGUCGGGCUUGUCCCGCAUUUCUAGUGCCCAUAGUAUGAAUGAACGCAUUGCUGUGCCUUGUGGGCCAGUUGCUGUUACCAUCAUGGAUUCUGAAAUCAAUGAUGCUCGUGUGCUGGAAUUGCAAAAUUCCCUCGCUGGGAAGUCGAGUCAGCUCAGUGAAACGGAAAGCAGAUUCAAAGCAGCCAUGGAAGAGAUUGCUUUGCUUAGGAAGGAGUUGGAAGUGAAUCAGAAGCUUCUUGGUGAAUCUCAGAUGAAUUGCGCUCACCUUGAGAACUGCUUGCAUGAAGCAAGAGAAGAAGCACAAACCCAUCUUUGUGCAGCCAAUCGAAGAGCUUCAGAAUACAGCGCACUUCGGGCAUCCGCUGUGAAAAUGUGCACUCUCUUUGAGAGACUGCGGACCUGUCUUUACAAUUCUGGGGGUAUCGUGGAUUUUGCCGAUUCCCUGCAGGCGCUGGCUCAAUCUCUGCACCAUUCGAUGAGCGAAAAAGAAGAUGAUGGUAGUGCUGAGCUCCAAAAGUGUAUCCAGAUUCUUGCAGACAGAGUUGGUUUCUUGUCAAUGCAUCGGGACGAGCAGCCUGACAAGUUCCCAAAGCUCGAAGCUGCAAAUGAACAGCUCAGGAAGGAAUUGGAAGACAAGAAAGAGAUGAUCAAGGCUCUAUAUACAAAGCACCAGUUAGAGAAGCAGGCAAAGAAGGAAAAGAUAUCGUUUGGCCACCUUGAAGUCCACGAGAUAGCUGCCUUUGUGCUCAACUCUUGGGGUCAGUACGUGGCAAUAAAUAGGAAUAGCUCUAACUAUUAUUUGUCCGCCGAGUCUGUGGCCUUAUUCACGGACCAUCUUCAGAGCCGACCCAGUUACAUUGUCGGUCUAAUCGUCCACAUAGAGCGGCGAGUCGUGAAGCCAUCAUCAGCCCCGAGGUCCAACAAGAAAGAUAGGACGGCAUCGGAUGCGGAGAUUGAGAAGUUGGCUCUGAGUUUGGGAUUCGCGCCAAGCCUGUCCGAUCUCCCGAUUGACUCUGAAUAUUUUGUAGUCACGGUGGCAAUGUUACCGGGUACUUCCACCCCAGUCUCACCUGCUCAAGCUUCCUGAUCCCCCUUUUGCUUUCUUCUUCUGGCAGACAUGCAUGAUGGAGGGAAAUGUGUACAUAUUAUUUUCUAAUUAUAUUUUUGUACAUAUAUAUUGUCUGUGCAGUUUGAUGACCCGAGACCUGAUUCAGUUUCAUUCUCUUUUUUUUUUUCUUUUUAUUUAAAAUUUGCUUCUUCAUAAAGCCGUAAUAUUAAUGAUUCA